UCCACCUCCUUAAAAUAAAAAUCUAGAUAUUCUUAUAGAAUUAUCUAGAUAAUUAAGAUAAAAUAAUCUAGAUUUUUAAGUAGAAUUUUCUAGAUUUAAGAUUAAAAUAUGUAAGAUAUUUUGUACUUUGGAGGCUAUAAAUACCUCCACUCUCUUCUCAUUUUGCAUCACCAAGAAAUAAUCCAAGUUUGUAACAAGUAAUAAAAUCCUCUUCUAAGUUAUAUAAUCUUUCUUCUUCACAAAACUUCUUUCUCUUCAAACACUUAAACACUUUCUCCAUCUUUAUAAAGUUUUUCAUUCCAAUAAAGUGGUAUCCGAGCUACAAGUUCCUUUUGAAGAUGGCAAACAAUGGUGUUCCCUUCCAAGUUCCAUUGCUCACUAAGAGCAACUAUGACAAUUGGAGUCUUAGGAUGAUGGCUAUCUUAGGAGCACAUGAUGUGUGGGAGAUAGUCGAGAAAGACUUCGUUGAACCGGAGAAUGAUGGUGGUUUAUCUCAAACACAAAAGGAUGGUUUGAGAGAUUCAAGGAAGAGAGACAAGAAGGCUCUCUGUCUGAUCCAUCAAGGAUUAGAUGAAGAUACAUUUGAGAAGGUUGCUGGAGCAAAGACAUCCAAAGAAGCAUGGGAGAAGCUUCAGACAUCUUACAAGGGCGCGGAACAAGUUAAGAAGGUACUUCUUCAAACUUUAAGAGGAGAAUUUGAAGCAUUACAAAUGAAGGAAGGAGAACUCAUCUCAGAUUACUUCUCAAGAGUCUUGACGGUUACUAAUAACCUAAAAAGAAAUGGUGAGAAGUUAGAUGACGUGAGAAUCAUGGAGAAACUUCUUAGAUCAUUGGAUUCAAAAUUCGAGCAUAUCGUCACCGUUAUUGAAGAGACAAAAGACUUGGAGACUAUGACGAUGGAGCAACUUCUUGGAUCACUACAAGCUUAUGAAGAAAAGAAGAAGAAAAAAAAAAAGAUAUUGUGGAGCAAGUUCUCAAGAUGAGAAUUGAUCACAAGGAAGAAAGUGGCCGAAAUCAUCCGAGACGUGGUGGUGGUCAUUUUCGAGGACGAGGUCGUGGUGUAAAUGGACGAGGUUGGAGACCAUAUGAAGACAACUUCAACCAAAGAGGAAAGAAUUCAUCAAGAGGUCGUGGAAGAGGAAACCCAAAAUCAAGGUACGAUAAAUCAAGCAUCAAAUGCUAUAGUUGCGGAAAGUUUGGACAUUAUGCUUCUGAAUGCAAAACUCCAAACAACAAUAGAGUUGAAGAGAAGUCCAACUAUGUUGAAGAACGGCGUAAGGAAGAAGAUAUGCUGUUGAUGGCUUACAAGAAAGAUGAACCAAAUGAGGUUCACAAGUGGUACCUUGAUAGUGGUGCAAGCAACCACAUGUGUGGAAAUAAAAGCAUGUUCGUGGAGCUUGAUGAAUCGGUGAAAACUGAUGUGGCUUUAGGAGAUGAAUCGAAAAUGGAAGUGAAAGGUAAAUGAAAUAUUCUCAUCCGCUUGAAGAAUGGAGAUCAUCAAUUCAUUUCCAACGUUUACUAUAUUCCAAGCAUGAAGACCAACAUCUUGAGCCUAGGACAACUCUUAGAGAAAGGUUAUGACAUUCGACUAAAAGAUAAUAGCCUUUCUUUAAGAGAUAACGCAAACAAUCUCAUCACAAAGGUGCCAAUGUCAAACAAUAGAAUGUUUGUCUUAAACAUUCAAAAUGACAUUGCACGAUGUCUCAAGAUGUGCUACAAGGAGGAAUCUUGGCUUUGGCAUCUUCGAUUUGGGCAUCUCAACUUUGGAGGCUUAGAGCUACUUUCCAAGAAAGAAAUGGUGAAAGAAUUACCUUGCAUCAAUCAUCCAAAUCAAGUGUGUGAAGGUUGCUUACUUGGAAAGCAAUUCAAGAUGAGUUUUCCAAAGGAGUCGGAGACAAGAGCAAGAAAGCCACUAGAACUCAUACAUACAGAUGUAUGUGGCCCAAUCAAACCAAGUUCACUUGAAGUGUUUGAAAAUUUCAAAAAGUUCAAAGCCCAUGUUGAGAAGGAAAGUGGUCUUAAGAUCAAGUCCAUAAGAUCAGAUCGAGGAGGAGAAUGCAUGUCCAAGGAGUUUCUGAAGUAUUGUGAAGAUAAUGGCAUUCGAAGACAGUUGACGGUGCCAAGAACCCCUCAACAAAAUGGAGUAACGGAAAGAAAGAA